AUGCAUCCUAGGAGGGAGUUGCGGCCCUCAGGGUGGCGCGCAUCAAGUAAGUGUCACUGAAGUAAGCGUGCGUGAAGCUGGCGCGCGUCAAGUGAGCUUCCUUCAAGUCUACGCCCGUCAAGUCAGUGUCCCUCAAGUCAGCUUCCCACAAGUCAACGUGCCUGAAAGUGGCGUCAACUGAGCGCGCGAAAAAGUGGCCCAUUUUCUCGAAUAAACGGCUAAGCCGUGUACUACUUGCUGCAAGAAAGUGCUCCUGUACUUCCAUAAAUGGCUUCUAUAGUACAAAGAAAAGAAGCAUCCUACGACGGAGUUACCCGAUCGCUAUUAGACUCUCGAAUUAAGACGCAAUUUCAGCGAUCGCUAUAAAGUCUUGCUAGUGAUAUUUGACUCCCUUACAUAUAGUGCUUCUCGCGACGACAUCUUGCUAGCUAUACAAGAACAUCGCUUUCUCGUCGUGCGAGUCUUGUCCUGUUUUUAAAAUCGUGGCACGAGUGAGCAAGUAAUUGAAAAAUGGCUCCUACCGUAUAUAUUACUGAUAAUACGAAUACAAAUAGCUAGAAUAUUAUAUUUUCAGUUAGUCGAACCUGUCAAACUGCUAGAAGUAAUAUUCUAAACGUCACGUCUACAUGCGUUCAAUGAAACCAGUUUCUUUAGCCUUACGAGAGAAGUCUGUAAAUAUUGAUUUCAUAUUUUUACUAACUGUGUUUUACUAGCUGUUUUUACUAACAGCUGCAUGAUAAAUUAUUUUUGCAUGAUCGGUUAUUCUUCUUCUCCAAUGAGAAAUCUUCGCGGUAAGAUAAUUUAUCAUGCAGCUUGAGCGAAAGAUCAAGAAAGCUAGGAAUAUGAAUUUAAACACGGUUUUUGAAAAUUCAAAAUUCAGGUGGGCUCGAAUCUAAUGACUUCUUGUGAAUUUCGGGAAAAAUCCACCGAAUAAUUACGUGGUUUAUUCUACUAGAAUGUAGUAGGGUAUACGAGGAUCUAUAGCUGUUGUUAGGAUCUAAUUCACCUCGAAACACUCACCAUAUAGAAAGCCAUAUAGAGCAUCAUAUGGAGAUUAUUGUCUUGCUGCAUGACCUAUAAGGUACAAGGCAUUCUUCACGGUUGGUGCUGUAUUUUAAUAACCACUCCCUCUCAUAUUCCCAUCCCAAAGUCGGCGUACCUCAAGUCAGCGCUGGUCAGUAAGCGACCCACACGAGCGAGCAUCAAUUUAGCGUCGAUCAAGUCGGCACCCUCCAAGUGUGCGUACGUGAAGUCAGCGCUAACGAACGUGUUGACCAUUAAUGUCGUAUUGCGAAGAAACGCCCCCCUAAGGUGUAGAUUGGU